AUGAUCGAAGGGCAAGAGGUGAACAAGGUUUUGGUCGACGGAGGCGCGGCUGUGAAUAUCCUGCCCAAGACAAUGUUAAAUAGGUUUGGGAAAUCCUUGACCGAUUUGAAACCUCAUAACAUUAUGAUCUCUGACUAUGCAGGCAAGUCUUCACAUCCUGAAGGCAUGAUUCUGCUCGAUGUACAGAUCGGGAGUGUGAAGAGGACUACCAUGUUUAUAGUGACGCCUUCUAAGGCAAACUUUAAUGUGUUGCUAGGUCGAGAGUGGAUACAUGGAGUAGGAGCUGUUCCUUCGAAAGUGCAUCAGAAGAUUUUCUUCUGGAACAAUGAUGAAAGGGUUAGAGGUCCUCGAAGCUGA